UUGGCUGUCGCGAGGCUGGGUUUUAUCACUCGCAGUGUUUCCUUCUGAGUUUGCGUGUGUGGCUGUAGCUGGAAGUUGAAAGUUAUUUUAUGUAUAAGUAUUUUAAGAGGCAAGAGAUGAUCAAGCCAAUCAAAAAGCCACUGCUUCUGCCGAGGACCUGACAGGAGGAUUUAGUCUCACUGGCAAAGAGAGAAGUGUUUGAUGCCUGGUCGUCUGGAACCUGCGCUUCUGUUUUCUGCAGGCCUGGAUUGAACUUCUUCAGCUUCCGUAGGCGGUGGGUCCUAAGUACCGGGCAAAAUGGAAGUGAAUCCCCCCAAACAGGAGCACCUGCUGGCCCUGAAAGUGAUGCGGUUCACCAAACCUACUUUAUUCACCAAUAUCCCAGUCACAUGUGAAGAGAAAGACUUACCAGGAGAUCUCUUUAACCAGCUCACGAGAGAUGACCCAUCAACUGUUAAUGGUGCAGAAGUUUUAAUGUUGGGAGAAAUGUUGACAGUACCACAGAACUUUGGGAAUAUAUUUUUGGGAGAAACAUUUUCCAGUUAUAUCAGUGUUCAUAAUGAUAGCAAUCAAGUUGUGAAAGACAUAUUGGUAAAAGCUGAUCUUCAGACAAGUUCUCAGCGUUUAAAUCUUUCAGCUUCCAAUGCUGCAGUAGCUGAACUUAAACCUGAUUGUUGUAUUGAUGAUGUUAUACACCAUGAAGUAAAGGAAAUUGGAACACACAUCUUGGUGUGUGCAGUAAGUUAUACAACUCAAGGUGGAGAAAAAAUAUAUUUUAGAAAAUUCUUCAAAUUUCAGGUUCUCAAACCACUAGAUGUGAAAACCAAAUUUUACAAUGCAGAGACUGAUGAAGUAUUUCUGGAAGCCCAGAUUCAGAAUAUUACAACCUCACCCAUGUUUAUGGAGAAAGUUUCAUUGGAGCCAUCUAUAAUGUACAAUGUAGCAGAAUUAAAUUCAGUCAGCCAAGCUGGAGAAUGUGUAACUACAUUUGGAUCAAGAACAUAUCUGCAGCCAAUGGAUACACGCCAGUACUUGUACUGCCUAAAGCCCAAAAAGGGGUUUGCAGAAAAAGCAGGCAUCAUUAAGGGAGUGACAGUAAUUGGGAAAUUAGACAUAGUAUGGAAGACAAACCUAGGUGAAAGGGGAAGAUUAUAGACCAGCCAACUUCAAAGAAUGGCUCCAGGUUAUGGAGAUGUCAGGUUAUCUUUAGAGGCAAUCCCAGAUACUGUAAGCCUAGAAGAACCUUUUCAUAUUACCUGUAAAAUAACAAACUGCAGCAGUGAAAGGACGAUGGAUCUGGUUUUGGAAAUAUGCAAUACCAAUUCUAUCCAUUGGUGUGGCGUUUCAGGAAGACAGCUUGGAAAGCCACAUCCAAGUUCCUCUCUCUGCCCCGCCCUUACUCUACUUUCUUCCGUACAGGGACUGCAAAGUGUCUCCGGUUUAAGACUAACAGACACAUUCUUAAAGAGAACAUAUGAAUAUGAUGACAUUGCACAAGUCUGUGUGUUAUCUUCGGCCAUUAAAGUGGAAAACUGAAGAAAAUUCCAGUGUUUUGCUUUGCAAGAACUUUCUGUAUUUUUGUCACCUCUGUAAAAUGAUCAAGUCAACAGCAAAAAUAAGUGUAAAUAUAUUAUUUAAACUUUUUUUCCUAUCAAACAGUUAAGAUGUUGAGUAUUUGUUUUGAAAAGAACAAUCUACCGAUAUUUAUCUCAUGAACUAAAUUCAAAGUGAGCAUUUGUACAUUAUCUACGUACAUCAUUUUGUUAUGGCCCAAGUAAAUACCUGGUACAGAGGUCAGCAAUCUAUGUAAAUGAGUUUUAGUUUGUAGGCCAUGUGGUUUCUGUUGAACACAUUCAGUUCUGCAGUUGUAGUGUAAAUAGCAAAAAAAAGAGCUUAGCAGUAUUUACAUAAACAGACAGCUGAUCUGACUUGGCCUUCUAGCUAUAGUUUCCUGACCUCAGUCUGAAAGAUACAGUUGUUUCUCAGAACUUUAGAAUUCUCAAAAUAUUUUAUUUAAACUCAGUUUUUUCCUAGCUACUCAGUAAAGAGGGAAAAGAAGGGUGGGAGGGGAGAUCCUUGUCCUUACAACUCUGUUAACAUAGUAUGUGGCUUUUCUAGUUGUUUUCAAAAGUAUUAUACUGCUGUGUGUUCGUGUAUACACGUAUCUAGCUUUUACUUAUGGAAUAGAAGUUCAGAAUUAGUUUUAUUUCUUAGACUGUUGAUUACUUGUUAACUAACAAGCUUGAUAAAUUUGCAUUCUAACUCCCCAUCAAAAAACAAUCCACUUAUUUUCAGAAGGCAUAUGUGAAGGAUUUUUAGCUUCUAGUAUUUGAUUUUAAACAAAUCAUGUAUGAACAUUGUAAAUUUUUCUGUCUCUGUGCAUAAUCAUACUUAUUUACUUAUGCCAUGAACAAAACAGUGAGAAUGUUAAACAUCAUAAAAAUUAUACAAUAUGAAUGUAUUAAAAGGUUUCAGUAUGUUGCUAGGAAAACAAAAGGCUAUGCUGUUAAAUGAAAACAAUCUCAUCUUGGUAAUUUCAAACUCAAGAGUACAU